AAGGAAACCUCGAGCGCCACCGACCUGAAGGACAGGAAGCUCAAGGCCUACGCCGCCUACGCCAACGCCUCGCCCUUCCCAGACUUUGCCCACCCCACACCCGAAGAGUGCAAGCUCGCGCACAGGAUCCUGGCCUCGCUCCACGGCGAGCGCAAGCGCCCCGAGCAGGUAGUGGCACCCUCGGAGCGCGCCGGCUGUGGCGACUCGCCGUCUGUGCUGGAUGCUCUGGUGCGUACGAUCCUGUCGCAGAACACGAGCGACAAGAACAGCACCCGCGCCAAGCAGAGUAUGGACAAGGCCUACGGGCGCAGCGACAAGUGGGAGGCCAUUGUCGAGGGCGGGCGCGACAGGCUGCAGGAGGCGAUUCGGUGUGGUGGGCUGAGCGCUGUCAAGAGUAAAGUCAUCAUUAGCAUCCUGGAGCAGGUCCACGCGCGCUACGGGUGCUACAGCCUGGACCACCUGCACGAUGCGACGAGCGAGGAGGCCAUGACGGAGAUGCUGAGUUUCCAGGGCGUGGGACCCAAGACGGCGAGCUGUGUAUUACUGUUCUGUCUGCGUAGGGAGAGCUUUGCGGUCGACACACAUGUGCACCGCAUCACGGGUCUGCUGGGGUGGAGACCUGCCAAGGCGAGUCGCGAUGAGACACAUCAACACCUAGACGCGAGGAUUCCGGACGAGGAUAAGUUUGGGCUGCAUAUCCUGUUGGUGAACCAUGGGAAAAAGUGUGAAGAAUGUAAGGCAGGUGGGAAGAGUGUAGGCAAUUGUGAGCUGAGAAAAGCUUUCAGGAAGAGCAAG